AUGGCGGGGCUUCAGCAUGGCGGGGGAGUGCCGGCGGUGCCGGUGUCGCCGCCGCUCAAGGACGAGCUCGACAUCGUGAUCCCGACGAUCCGUAACCUGGACUUCCUGGAGAUGUGGCGGCCGUUCUUCCAGGCCUACCACCUGAUCAUCGUGCAGGAUGGGGAUCCCACGAAGACGAUCCGGGUGCCGGAGGGAUUCGACUACGAGCUUUACAACAGGAACGACAUCAACCGCAUCCUCGGCCCCAAGGCCUCCUGCAUCUCCUUCAAGGACUCCGCCUGCCGCUGCUUCGGCUUCAUGGUCUCCAAGAAGAAGUACAUCUUCACCAUCGACGACGACUGUUUCGUAAGAUCCUCCAAACCCCCGCCCCGUUAUACUCUCCCUCCCUCUCAUCGCUCUGCUUCCCCUCCGAUCCGACCGCUCUCUGCCUCCGCUUUCGAAUUCUCUUGAGAAUUGGGGAUCUGGGGGAGUUUGUCGACUAAUCAUGCCCCAUUCAUCACUAGCCCUUCCCGUCGUCGACGCUGGCGGCCGGGAUCUGAUGGCGCCAAGUUCAUAAUCCAUAUCGCGGCCCAAAAUUUGAUUUGAUCUUGCUCUGUUGUCCUCGCUCCACUCUCUCUCAUCCUGAUUUCCGUCGGCGGCGCGCGUCAAUGGCAGGUGGCGAAGAACCCUACCGGCGAGGACAUCAACGCCCUGGCGCAGCACAUCGAAAACCUGCUGACGCCGUCGACACCCUUCUUCUUCAACACGCUCUACGAUCCCUACCGCAAGGGCGCCGACUUCGUCCGCGGGUACCCGUUCAGCAUGAGGGAGGGCGCUCCGACGGCAAUCUCUCACGGCCUCUGGCUGAACAUCCCGGACUAUGAUGCGCCCACUCAGCUCGUCAAGCCCCUGGAGCGCAACACCCGAUACGUGGACGCGGUGCUGACCAUCCCCAAGGGCACCCUCUUCCCCAUGUGCGGCAUGAACCUCGGUUUCAACAGGGAGCUCAUCGGCCCUGCCAUGUACUUCGGCCUCAUGGGCGACGGCCAGCCCAUCGGUCGCUACGACGACAUGUGGGCCGGCUGGUGCUGCAAGGUAAGAUCUAUCCAGAACACGGAGAUGGGAGAGAUGGGAGAGAGGGAGAGAUUUCUGCUGAUUUCGCCAUUGAUGCGUGAUUUUGAGGAGUGACAUGGGACUUGGCUGGGAAAUGCAGGUGAUCUGCGACCACCUGGGGCUGGGGGUGAAGACUGGGCUGCCGUACAUCUUCCACAGCAAGGCCAGCAACCCCUUCGUGAACCUGAGGAAGGAGUACAAGGGAAUCUACUGGCAGGAGGACAUCAUCCCCUUCUUCCAGUCUGUGGUGCUCCCCAAGGAGUGCACCACCGUCCAGGCAUGCUACAUUGAGCUCAGCAAGCUCGUAAAGGAGAAGCUCGGCCCAAUUGACCCCUACUUCUCCAAGCUCUCCGAAGCCAUGGUCACCUGGAUCGAGUCCUGGGACGAGCUCAACCCCCGAAAGGGCUCGGAAGCCCCAGGCAAGGUCGCCAUCCCCGCCCCUGCCAAGGCCUCAGUAGUCAACGGCACGCCGGCGAAGAAAUAG